AUGCAUCAUCGCAAGCCAACGGAUCUGGAAGGUAGACCCUUUAGGCCGACAGCUAAACGGUCACCAUCUAUUUUGGUUACAGAUGUACGUAGUAGUUCAGUCAAAGGUGCCCGGGCACCAUUUGCAGGUCAUAGCUUGAAGAAGCAACAAGAACAACAACUGCAACAACAACCACAUCAUCUGGAUAUUCUGGGAAAGUCUUAUCCUUCUAAUCCUCAAAACUUACAUCGAUUAAAGAAUCGUGUUAAUCGAUACACAGAUAUUUCUAUCGACAAGUUACUUAGUAAUUCCAGUGAUAUCCCUUCAGGUCAAAGGAGGUUGCCAUCAUCACUCUCCCGAGAUUCUCGUUCCCGAUCACCACCAUUAAGAAGUGUGAGUCCUUCCUCCUCGAACGGUAAUUACAACAUGGUAGAACCAAUUUUAAAUCGUAGAGGGAAUAUCAGGUCAAUACCAAAACUUACCCAAUCACUCCCCAUGCGGAAGUCUAUGACUUCUCAAAGGUUAGUGCUUAUUCCUGAACAUAUGAGAGCUCAGUCCCCACCGCUGGUGUCUAGUAAUUAUACUCCGGUAGCAGAUAUCAUGACACAGUUACAUCAAAUUCAACGAUCUAGGGCAGAGUUGAUAACAAAAGAAGAAAGAGCAUUAGAAUUUAGUAGGAUGACUGCAUACUUCAUAUGUGAAGAAAUUGACCUAGACGCAGUAAGCAAAUAUCUUGAAGACAACCAUAAUGUCAAGCCCAGAAUAUAUGAUGAAGCGUUGUAUGUUCCGUAUGCAUUGCCUUUGUUACCGGGUAAUGAUGGGUUAAGAGUGAGAUCUAACGACUCUGCUAAAUCAGCUUCAAGCAAAAAAUAUAUGGAUAAGUUGAUCAAAAAAUCUGAACAAGCCAAUCAUUUAUAUGAAUAUUAUUCUGGGGUUGAAACCAUAGAAGAUGCUAAUAAUUACUCCAUGGAUCCUGAGUUCGAUAAUAAUCAAGCAACUCCAUUUGAUCCUUCUGAGCCACAAUUCUUUGCACCUCCAAUUCUCUCAGAUGAACGUCCUCGUACAGAAGACCUUGAUAGUACAACUGCAGAUCCUUCGAGUCUGGAUACUUCUAAAGAACAAUCUCUGAACGAAGAUUCUGAGUUUGCUGAAGGAGAAGAGAUCAGAGAAUCAACUCAUGACUCUAACAAGAAUGACAGACAGGAGCACGAUGAAUUUAGGAGACGUUCAAGAGGUAGUCGAGAAAAUCUUUCUAAUCUCUCGGAUUCUUCAAAUUCAUCUACACAUUCAUUUUUAGAAUCACAGAUUGAGCUUUCGAAACACUAUGGUGAAAUGUUUGUUUUCGCUUAUGGUAUCGUUGUAUUUUGGAAUUUCUCUGAAAUUCAUGAGAAGAACAUCCUUGCUGAUUUGAUGUUUGCAAGUCAUACCCCGCCAUUGCUUAUCAAUCCAAUUGAUGAGCAAUACAUUGAAACUGAAGAGUUUCAUUUUGAUUAUGACAGUUAUAUUCAACGACCAAGAAUUUUCAAUGAUAUGAUAACCCUUCGUUCGGCUGAUCACUUAAUAAAAUUGACAAUGUCACAUGCCAUUGCACAGCUGACGAAAUUAUGUUUAUUUGAAAGUCGAAUGGUGAAUAUUUUACAACUGAUCUCGAAGUUACCAAAGAAAUUGGCUUUAACGGGACGUGUUGGUCUUAAAAGACAACAAAUUACAAGGAAAUCAGGGAAGCUUUUCAAGUUAAGAGUUGAUGUUAAUCUAUCUUCUUCAAUUUUGGAUACACCUGAUUUUUUUUGGUCUGAUGAACCUGCAUUACAUCCACUUUAUAAUGCUGUUCGUGAAUAUUUGGAAAUUGAUGAACGGGUUCAAGUUCUUAAUGACAGAUGUAAAGUAUUUUUGGAAUUUCUUGAUAUCACCAGUGAUAGUAUGAAUGAGAAGAAUACAAACAGAAUUACUUGGAUGAUUAUUGUCAUAAUCUUUUUAAGUCUCUUUGUCAGCAUAUUUGAAUUUUUCCUUUAA